CCUCUCCAGAGAGCAAAGCCCAGUGCUGGCUGAGCAGCGCCCUGAGCCGGCACUUCCCCUCGAGGACCCACUAGGACAAGUGACGCUGACCCAGCUUCACCAUGACCAAGAAAAGGAUCGCUGUAAUUGGAUCAGGAGCAAGUGGGCUCACCUGCAUCAAGUGCUGUCUGGAAGAAGGCUUGGAACCUGUCUGCUUUGAAAGGUCUGAUGACAUCGGAGGAUUGUGGAGGUUUCAGGAAAGCCGUGAAGAAGGAAGGGCCAGCAUCUAUAAGUCUGUGGUCAUCAACACCUCUAAGGAAAUGAUGUGUUUCAGUGACUACCCUAUCCCAGACCAUUACCCCAACUUCAUGCACAACUCCCAGGUCCUCGAGUACUUCAGGAUGUAUGCUAAAGAAUUUGACCUACUAAAAUAUAUCCAGUUCAAGACCACAGUGUGCAGCGUGAAGAAGCAACCUGAUUUCUCUACUUCAGGCCAGUGGAUGGUGACCACUGAAUGUGGAGGGAAAAAGCAGGAAGAUGUCUUCGAUGGAGUCCUGGUUUGCACAGGCCAUCACACAGACGCUCACUUACCCUUGGAAUGCUUUCCUGGAAUUGAAAAGUUCAAAGGAAAGUAUUUUCACAGCCGAGACUAUAAGAACCCAGUAGAAUUCACUGGGAAGAGAGUCAUUGUGAUUGGCAUCGGAAAUUCUGGAGGGGAUCUGGCUGUCGAGAUCAGCCACACAGCCAAGCAGGUCUUCCUCAGUACCAGGAGAGGCACUUGGAUCCUGAACCGCGUGGGGAAACAUGGAUAUCCGAUCGAUAUGCUAAUCUCUUCUCGACUUACCUACUAUUUGUCAAAGAUCUGUGGUUCAUCGAUACAAAAUGGAUAUUUGGAAAGACAGAUGAACCAAAGGUUUAAUCAUGAAAUGUUUGGCCUGAAGCCCAAACACAGAGCUCUGAGUCAGCACCCAACCAUCAAUGACGAACUGCCAAACCGCAUCAUCUCUGGCUUGGUGAAGGUGAAAGGGAACGUGAAGGAGUUCACAGAGACAGCUGCCAUUUUUGAGGAUGGCUCUCGGGAGGACGACAUCGAUGUCGUCAUCUUUGCCACAGGCUACAGUUUUGCCUUUCCUUUUCUUGAAGAUUCUGUCAGAGUUGUCAAAAACAAGGUGUCCUUGUAUAAAAAGGUCUUCCCACCUAACCUGGAAAAGCCAACUCUUGCGAUCAUCGGAUUAAUUCAGCCCUUGGGAGCCAUUAUGCCCAUUUCAGAGCUCCAAGGACGCUGGGCCACUCAAGUGUUCAAAGGGCUAAAGCAAUUGCCCUCACAAAGGGAAAUGCUAGAAGAUAUAAACAAGAGUCGAGAGGAAAUGGAAAAAAGGUAUGUGGACAGCCAGCGUCAUACCAUCCAGGGAGACUACAUAGACACCAUGGAAGAGAUUGCAGAGUUGUUGGGUGUGAAGCCCAACCUUCUGUCUCUGGCCUUCACUGACCCCAGGCUGGCACUGCAGUUACUACUGGGACCCUGUACUCCUGUCCAGUAUCGCCUACAGGGCCCUGGAAAAUGGGCCAGAGCUCGGCAAACUAUUCUUACGACUGAAGAUCGUAUGAGAAAGCCUCUGAUGACGAGAAGGGUUGAAAAGGGCGAUUCUGGGGCUUCACUAAUGACAGUACGUGUCUUUGUGCUAGCUGUUGCUUUCUUUGCUCUACUCCUGGCUUAUGUUUAGAUGUGGUAGUGUUAGUUUUCUGGCUUUCUCUGGAAAGCCUUAUCUAGCAACACCUUCAGAAUCUGACAACUGAAACUCAGCUUCCUUCUACUCAGAAAUCACUCUCAACCUAUUUCUCUCUCUCUCUCUCUCUCUCUCUCUCUCUCUCUCUCUCUCCCUAUGUAUCUAUGUAUCUAUCUAUGUAUCUAUCUAUCUAUCUAUCUAUCAUCUAUCUAUCUAUCAUAUACCUAUCUAUCUAUCUAUCAUCUAUCUAUCUAUCUAUCUAUCUAUCUAUCUAUCUAUCAUCUACCUACCUAUCUAUCUAUCUAUCUAUCUAUCAUCUAUCUAUCUAUCUAUCUAUCUAUCUAUCUAUCUAUCUAUCUAUCAUAUACCUAUCUAUCUAUCAUCUAUCAUAUACCUAUCUAUCAUCUAUCUAUCUAUCUAUCUAUCUAUCUAUCUAUCUAUCAUCUACUUAUAUAUCUAUCAUCUACCUAUCUAUCUAUCAUCUAUCUAUCUACCUAUCUAUAUAUCAUCUAUCUAUCUAUCUAUCUAUCUAUCUAUCUAUCUGUCUAUCUACCUACCUACCUACCUGCCUACCUACCUACCUACCUUGGUUUUCCUUCUGCAAUGCUGGGGUUUCAUUUACCAAUUCAUCUUCCUUCCUCUCUUGAGCCUCCCCUUUUUCCUUCUGUAAAUUCCCAGGCAAUGAAGUUAGGUCCUCUUUCAUCAUCUUUCAUAUGUCAUUAGCAGAAAUCUUUUAAAAUUUGACUACUGUAUGUCUAGCCUUGUAUACCUAGACUUCAGUUUGUAAUAAUACAUCUUAAAAAAAAAUACUGCUCCUAUUAUGAAGUCAAACUGGUUACAACUUGACAUUGUAAUCAAAGCCAACAUGUCUAUCUCAGAAAUUCCUGAAGAAGGCAGUUCAGCAAGAAUUAAUCAUUUAGUGCUGAGGGCUUGAAGUCCAAGAUCAAAAAUGCAGACUGCAAGAAACUCCUAACUUCAUGAUUAAUACAGUGAGGGCAUUGAAUGGCAAAAUGAAAAACAUGUCUUUAGCCAAGUUCUUAUCUGUAGCACAUGCUUAAUAAAUACUCAAUGAUAUAUAUAUAUGAACGAAGCUGGCAUUCCCAAGUCAAUCUAAUAAAUGCCUGACUCCAUGGAACUCUUCUUCUGAUACACUUCACUAUCUACCAGAUGGUUAAUUUUUGUUUUUAAUAUUAUAACCGAAUAGGCCCAUCUUUAAUAUGGGUACUGGGAAUUUGAACUCGGGACCUCUCACCAAGCCAUCUCCCUAUCCCCUACUUCUACUUUUUUUAAAUAAAGAAACUAUUAGGUGGAGCACAGUGCCACAUACCUGGAAUUCCAGAACUUAGGAGUUUCAGGCAAAGGCUCAUCACAAGUUCAAGACCAGCCUAGUCUACAUAGGGAGUUUCAGGCCAACUAGGUUUACCUAGUGAGAACUUUCCUCAAAUGACAACAACAACAACAACAAAAACAUAAAACAAGAAAAUAAAUUGUUCCUUGGUUUUAAAAGUCAUUGAGAGAAUUUGGCAUCUUUCAAUAGGUUGGUUGAAGAAUUUGGAGGUUUUGCUUAGCUGUCUUGGCUUGAUGUGUAAGUGCCUGUAUCAGGAUCCAGUAAGACUUUAGCUGAGGAAGUAACUGACCACCAGCUGCUGAGGUGGGGUCUGCCAGUAGGAUUAGUACCCCACCUCCACCUCUCCUUCCUUCAGUCUACACAGUAAGAGUCAAUGAGGUCAUUUAUGUCGGAAGUUAGAAUUCAUUUUUACUGACAUUAAUAUUAACUAGGGCAUUCUGUCUAGACCCGUUCUUGUGUGCUACAGCGUCAUUCAGAGAAACAGGAAACAAACUGUGUAGCAAGCUUUCUUGUCGGGCUACCUUUGGACCAGCAGCCUGCAAAUAAGGACUCAGAGACUUGUUAUUAAUUAGGAAAACUUAGCCUUAGCUCAGGCAUUCCCCCAACAUAAUUAACCCAUUUUUGUUAAUUCUUUGUUCUGCCACAUGGCUCCGUUACCUCUUUUUAGUACAGCACACCCGACUCGCUCUGAGUCUGCUAGUAAAAUCGUGCACCUAGAUUUCUCUUCCCAGUUUCUCUCUCUCUGCCCGGAAGUCCAGCAUCUACCUCCUGCCUAGCUAUUGAUUGGUUAGCUUUUAUUUUUAAUUACACCAAUCACAACAUCUUCACACAGUGUACAAAUAUCCCACGACAGAACUGAACUGCAGAAGUUAAGAAGCAUCAGCUAUCAGGAUCACUGAACUUCCUGGGCAUAGGUACAGCACAUGCAGGCAGGGUAUCUUCCGAAACAACUACUGGGUAGUGUGUCUCUAAAUGGGCUGCUGUCAAUCACUGAAGGAGGGGAUAAGUUUGAGCAGCUCAAAGAGCAGCAUUAGAAUAAUACAAAUUUACAGAAGCAAAUAUGUAAGAAUUCAAACUCUUUCCUAAUCUUGCAUGUAUUUGGACAGCUGCCUAACAUUUUACACGGUGUACAUUCUGUGAACUUCAGCACUGAGCCCUGGUAUGGUUCCUGGGGUCUUUUUCCUUCCUUAAUCCUUUUGAAAUUGUCUCUCAUUAUUAAAAUGGAUCUGAGAUUUUCUUUUAA